AUGACCUUGGAGGUGUCUGAUAACGAAUAGCAAAACAGUAGAUGGUGCUACUCUUUUACACAGGUCGGAUCACAGCUAGCAGACAUGGCUGAUGUCACUGUUGACUGGAUCGAUAAACACCAGCUGGAGCGUUUAGAUGAGAUGAUGAUUGUUGUUGAUGAAAACGAUAAGGUCAUUGGUGCAGACACUAAGAGGAACUGCCAUCAGAAUAAAAACAUUGAGAAAGGGCUGCUGCACCGAGCCUUCAGUGUUGCUUUGUUCAACUCAGAGAAGAAAGUUCUGAUUCAGCGCCGAGCAGACACGAAGCUUACCUUCCCUGGGUACUUUAGUGAUUCCUGUUCUAGUCAUCCACUGAGUAAUCCUGAAGAAAUGGAGGAGAAGGACGCCUUGGGAGUGAAGAGGGCAGCCCUGAGACGGCUGCAGGCUGAGCUGGGCAUCGCCCAGGAGCAGGUUUCUCUAGAGGACAUCGUGUUUAUGACAAGGUAUCAUUAUAAGGCAAAAUCUGAUGCAGUCUGGGGAGAACACGAAGUUUGUUACCUUCUGCUUAUCAAGAAAGACGUCAAGAUCUGUGCAGAUCCAAGUGAAGUCAGUAGCUUCAGCUACCUGACUCGAGAGGAACUGGAAGAGCUCCUAGAAAGGGGGGCCCGGGGUGAAGUCCAAGUCACCCCCUGGCUGAGAUUCGUCGUGGAGCAGUUCCUGUAUGCAUGGUGGCCUUACUUAGAUGAAGCGACCAAGUUCAUAGAGCUUGACAAGAUAUACAGAGUAUGAGGAACAGGAAAUCAGACACUGGCUGUGAGGAUGCCCCAGUCCAGCACUGAGCUCAGGGCAGACCCACAGCUCAGAUGUUAGCUAUGCACCCGGACCAAAACAGGGAAAGGACUCUUCUUUUCCAGAAAGCCAAAAAUCAUUAUCAUUAUCUCUGAAUCUUCUUUUCUUUUCUUUCUUGACACAGAGCUAUGUAUCCCAGACCAGCCUCAAACUUCUCGUGUAGCCAAGGAUGACUUUGAAUUUCUGAUCCUCCUGCCUAGACUUCCUCUGGCCCUUGGAUUCCAGGCACACACCAGCAUGCCUGCUCGGUGCUGGAGGCUGAACCUGCAGCUUCACGUACAGCGCGCAAACAUGCUACCAACAACCAAUCCCAUCCCGUGGUUUCUUGCCUUUUUUCCCCCAGUUGCUUCAUUUCUUUAUUUUCAACUGCCUCGGUGUGAGAAAGAAAUGCAUUGUUUUC